AGCCCCGGGGCGGUCCCAACUUGGGCUCCCUGGUCUUCGCCCCCCAGUGGCUGCAGCCCAGGUGCGGCGCGCGGGACAGGAGGAUGUGCGGGUGGCCACUGCUUGUGCUAUGGGCGCUGCUCCCCGCGACGGCUGCGGGGAACCCGGGCCGCUCGUACCCGCACCGCGUGGUCCUCGAUCCCGAAGGCAAGUACUGGCUGCACUGGGGCCGGCAGGGCGAGAGGCUGGCCUUCCGUCUGGAGGUACGCACGAACGGCUACGUGGGCUUCGGCUUCUCGCCCACCGGGAGCAUGGCCGCGGCAGACAUCGUGGUAGGCGGAGUGGCCCACGGGCGGCCCUACCUCCAGGACUAUUUCACAAAUGCAGACAGAGAGUUGGAAAAAGAUGCCCAGCAAGAUUACCACCUAGAUUACGCCAUGGAGAACAGCACACACACGGUGAUUGAGUUUAGCAGGGAGCUGCACACGUGCGAUGUCAAUGACAAGAGUCUCACGGAUAGCACCGUGAGAGUUAUCUGGGCCUACCAUCAUGACGAUCCCGGAGAAUCUGGUCCCAAGUACCAUGACUUAAAUAGGGGCACAAGGAGUCUACGGUUACUGAAUCCCGAGAAAGCCAAUGUGGUGUCUACAGUCUUACCAUACUUUGAUCUGGUAAAUCAAAACGUUCCCAUUCCAAACAAAGGCACAACAUACUGGUGCCAAAUGUUUAAGAUCCCUACAUUCCAAGAAAAGCAUCAUGUGAUAAAGGUGGAGCCAAUAAUAGAGAGAGGCCAUGAGAACCUGGUCCAUCACAUCCUGGUCUAUCAAUGCAACAGCAACUUUAACGACAGUGUUCUGGACUUUGGCCAUGAGUGCUAUCACCCGAACAUGCCCGAUGCCUUCCUCACCUGUGAAACUGUGAUUUUCGCCUGGGGCAUUGGUGGAGAGGGCUUUACCUAUCCGCCUCACGUUGGCUUAUCCCUCGGCAUGCCACUGGAUCCUCGUUAUGUGCUUUUGGAGGUCCACUAUGAUAAUCCCGCACGGAGGAAAGGCUUAAUAGACAGUUCGGGGCUGAGGGUUUUCUAUACUACAGAUAUAAGGAGAUAUGACGCAGGAGUGAUUGAGGCUGGCCUCUGGGUGAGCCUCUUCCACACAAUCCCCCCAGGAAUGCCCGAGUUCCGUUCUGAGGGUCACUGCACUCUGGAGUGCCUAGAGGAGGCCCUGGGAGCUGAGAAACCAAGUGGAAUCCACGUGUUUGCGGUUCUUCUCCAUGCUCACCUAGCAGGCAAAGGCAUCAGGCUGCGUCAUUUUCGAAAAGGAGAGGAAAUGAAGUUGCUGGCUUAUGAUGACGAUUAUGACUUUAAUUUCCAGGAGUUUCAGUAUCUGGGGGAAGAGCAAACAAUCUUACCAGGUGAUAACCUGAUCACUGAAUGCCGGUAUAACACCAAGGACCGAGCUGUGAUGACUUGGGGAGGACUAAGCACCAGGAAUGAAAUGUGUCUCUCAUACCUUCUUUAUUAUCCAAGAGUUAACCUGACCCGGUGCUCCAGCAUCCCAGACAUCAUGGAACAGCUGCAGUUCAUCGGCGUGAAGGAGAUCUACAGACCUGUCACGACAUGGCCUUUCAUUAUCAAAAGCCCUAAGCAGUACAGAAACCUUUCUUUCAUGGAUGCAAUGAACAAGUUCAAAUGGACCAAAAAAGAAGGGCUGUCCUUCAACAAGCUCGUCCUUAGCCUGCCCGUGAAUGUGAGAUGUUCUAAGACAGACAACGCAGAGUGGUCGAUUCAAGGCAUGACAGCAUUACCUCCUGAUAUCAAAAGGCCUUAUGAAGCAGAACCUCUGGUGUGCGAGAAAGCAGCUUCCCCACCUCUACAUGGCAUUUUCUCCCUCCGCUUGCUCACAUGCGCUCUGCUUCUUGGAAGUAUGCUGAGCACCCAGGGUUUGUGACUUCUGUCAUACCAGAGUCUGGAAUAUAUGACUGUCCCUUAAAGUCAGGUUAAAGACCAUGUCUAUGUUAGGCCUGGAGAGAUGAGUGGGUACGAAGAGCUUGGAAACUUAAAUUUCUGCACACAUGCUCUUUCCGUUUUCCUUCCCAGGCUACCUGAGUGAUGUGACUGUGGUUCUCUGGGUUUCUCGACGAAAGUCCAUGUUCUGUGCACAUGAUUAGUAGAAUAAAAAAAAAUUCUACUAAUUCAGCACAUCAAGUGGAAAGCAAAGAGUCUUUAAUAUUUCAGAAUUCCAUGUGAUGUCAACAUGACGCUCAACGUCCUUCUCACAAACACGUUGACCUUAAUAUCAUUAGUGGACUUACUCUCCGCUCCCGUUUGCUCUUUUUCCUUUUUGGGUGUAAAUCGCCAGGGUGAGCAUAGCCCUCUCUUCGACAGGUCCCAGUCCCUGUGGUUUCUCUGAUUUUACUCAUGGUCCUCUGACCUCAGUGUUUAUCUCUGCAUCUUUGGCUUCCUCCAUCCACCCAAGCCCACAUCAAAGUAUUUCCCAGUCUUUCUAGCACUGCCCAGCUGAAUGUGUUUCUUACUGUACAACUCUCUUAAAGAAGAGAGAUGUGAGUAAGUGUGGAGAUGAUGGGGGCUGAUUGUUAACUGAGGGAAAAAAAAUGGAGAGCAGUGAAGGGUUCUAGAUGGGGUGAGAUCCCCAAGACAAGCAGACGGUGUGUGCAUGCAGAAGGCAGGGCCACAGGGUCUGUAAGGUUCCUCACCACUCAGUGCUACCCUCUGGGUCGAUCUGAGUCACAUUUCCUAUAACAGAUUUAUUUUUAUAUUAGCUAAUAAACCGACUUCCAAUACAAAAUUGUCACCAACUGAAGGUCUUAUUCUUUUGGUUCUCUUUGUAUUAUCUGCUUAAAUCUUGUUUUAUGUCCUAGCUUCAUCCAUUAAGCUGAAUGUCUGGAUCAAAUUCAUAAGCUUAAAGGAAUAAAGGUUUUGUAUGGUAUCUUGUGCGAUUCAUGCGAGAAUCAAGCUGUUGUGUACUGAUGUCAAUAAAAUCAGCUGAGAAACUGUAUUUUUCCACUUUAAGCCCUUUCUGUCUUACAAAUAUCAUCUACAUUGUCAUUUAAAUAAAUAUUAUGCUUUAGAGUCUUUUCUUCUU